AUCGUGCAUUAUAUAUAUCCCACAUUCUACAAUUUGUGGAUGUAUCGAUGCCUCUUUCCCGGCCGCUCGAUAUCUCGGCGUCGAGACUCGUCGUGACUCGCUCGUGUGGACCGAAAGUAUCGAUAGUAUUGAUACUCUCGCGCGAGAAGGAGCAAAAGAGAAUCUGUAUAACCUCUUUGAAAAGAGAACGCGCAACAGCAGGUUUUCCUCUGCCGUGUUGAUACGGGGAGGGGAAUGCCGAGUUUACGUUUACGCCGAGAGGGCGGAAAGUGGAUUGCGAGGACGAGCGGUACUUCAAGAGGAAUCUGAUGUCGGCCGCUGUCUGAUAUCAGCUGAUAUCGACUGAUAUGGAUACUGUCGAUGUGCGCGGAGUGUCGAAUUGCCAAAAAUUCACACGUCCAUCUCUCACGUGUGACGUGACGUGCCCGCCCCGAGUGAUGUUUACACAGAAGAGUGAUGAGUGUACGGUAUUUUAAGACACCGCGAGCGAGUUCGCGUGUGCGCACCUCUUGAAAUAUAUAUACAAUAUACAUGUCGUUAUCUCGGCUCGUUGGCAACGCCAGGUUGUUAUUACGACGUUCCGUCGUGAAUCGAGAUCGUAAUGCCACUUUGUAACGUGCGCGGUGAUAUUUGGAUGUAAUUCUGCUUUACGGCCGCGCCAAAAUGCCGUUCAAGUUCCACUUAAAGAAGAGCAGGCAGUACAAUGUCGUGUCUAAGAAUCAGUACGUGAUUUGCGUCGAGCUGUUGGACGCCACCUCGAUAGAAUGCACCCUCGGUAUCGACAGCGUCGGCCAGGAGUGCCUGGACAACGUGAUGCAACGCUUGGGGCUGGGGCAGCCCGAGUUCUUCAGCCUGCGCUACGUUUGCCGCGGUACGUCGUCGCUCCGAUGGAUAGACAUGGACAAGCCACUGAAGAGGCAGCUCGAGAAAGAUGCCAAAGGCUUCACGCUUUACCUGAGAGUUAUGUACUACAUCGUGGACGUGCAGCUCAUUCAGGAUGAGAUGACAAGAUAUCAUUAUUAUCUUCAACUGAAGAACGAUGUGCUAGAGAACAAGAUACAUUGCAAUUACAGACAGGCGUGCGUGCUAGCGAGCUAUUCUAUGCAAGCUGAGUUUGGAAAUUACAGUCCGGAGAGACACACGAUCGAGUAUCUCCAACAGUGCACUUUCUUUCCAAACGACGUAAACAAAACUGACCCAGGUGGGCAAGAAUCUCUCCUACACACAGCAAUAUGCCAAUACAAGGGUCUUAUUAAUAUGACACAGGCUACUGCGGAGGAACUGUAUAUCUCGAUUGCCAUGCAACUGGAGGGAUAUGGCACCGAAACGUUUACUGCGAAGGAUAACAGUAACAACAAAGUUAUACUUGGAAUUUCCAUAAAUGGAAUUAUGGUGGCCUAUCCUAAUACGCAAACGACACAAUUUUACAGAUGGAAGGACAUCAGUAAUGUCAUAAAUCAAAAGAAAACGUUUAGAAUAGAGUACAAAUGUGAAGAGGCGAAGCAAUUUGUAUUUUCCGAGUCGCGCGACGCGAAAUAUAUUUGGAGGCUGUGUAUAGCCCAACAUUUAUUUUACAUACAGUAUCAAGAACGCCGUCCGCAAGAAAGAUCUAGUGGCUGCUGUGAUAACGAUACAAACGAUUCUAGUGAGCAAGCAGUAUCCGUGAAUUCGGAUAACAGGACCUCGGACACGCAUACGCGGUGGACAAGUUACAACGAUCUUUCGAUACCGUCGCCGUGCCCUGUCGUGUCCGUUUCGACUACCGAUAUAAAUAGUUUACGUGCGUUACUCCCGUCGUAUAGACCGGCGCCUGAUUAUGAAACGGCGGUCCAAAUGAAGUAUAACAAUGGUGGAAGCGCUGCUCACAAUCAGCCUUAUUACGCGAAUCAGUCCGCAAUAGUUGGCUCGGACAUUUCGUGCCUGCUAGGUGUAAAUCGUAAUAGGUAUUAAAUUUAAUGAAAUAACUGAUAUCACAAUAAGUUCUUGCUGAUAGUUGUGAUACAAGGAAUUUCACUGAACGACUCACUAAAAGGAGAGAUUAUGUAUUAUGUAUAAUUCAUAAAUAUUGCAAAUAAAAUAUUUAUAAAUUAUAUAUGAAUAUAUUUUUAUAUAUA